UUUUUCUUUUCUAUCCUAGCAGUCAAAAGUAGUUUCUGCGGGUAAGGCGCUGUCUGAUAGCGUGCGGUAAAAUCCCCUGGGGGGAGUCUUACGUGCUUGGAGUUUUUAGCUGAAAGCAGUUGUAUAUUGUCCUUCAACCUGCUUACUAAGGUAGCUGUUACUUAAUGACCAAUGCUGCAUAUUAGAGUUACAUCUGUGUGAAUGCCCACCUUGGGGUACUUUGGCUUAAUUUUGUAAAAAAAUACUCAUGGCUUCCAAGGCUUUAGUGAGGCUGAGCAGUUUGAUUGAAGCAUGUAUGCACACAGAAGUACUUGUAAGGGUACAUAAAUCUGCUGCAUAAGGGUAAGAGUAUACAUGACAGAUCAGCAUACACUAGAGGCAGGCUUUUUGUUCAUGUCCCAGAGUCUUUGCUGAAAACAGUUUGUUUUCUAGGACUUUCUGGGGGGGCUAUUUGCUAUUUGGAUUUGUCAAGAAAGAUUCCUCAUAAUAGAUGCUUAAGUAAAAAAGGCUGGUGAAUUUUGUUUGAAAAUAUUUCCAAGUUCCAGUCAAUCUGAGGUGUACUUUUCAGGUUGCAGUACAGUUCAAAGGCUACACCACAAGCCCUUAGAUUCUUCAUGUCAGCCGUAGCUGCCAUAGUGUAAUCUUUUUGUUAUCUACUGCCAAACUUAUCUGUGAAAACUUUGUUGGCAGUGGCAACCUACAUCUAGGUUCGUGCCAAUCGUUCACCCUUCUUGCAUAAUAUUUUUUAGAUGUUGCAUUUUGUUGUAGAUAAUGGCCAAACUGUGCUCUCUGCUUUUGAGGGACAAGACUUUUCUGCCAUCUGGCAUUAUUUAAUGGAGUUACGUUGAUGAUUGAUGCUAUUUAAUGCAUGAAACUAGUUGGCAGACAGAUCUGCAUAAAUACAGACUUGACUAUCUUAACCAACAAAAUGUUUGCUUGUCUGAUCCCUUCUCAGAUCAGAUAUUUUUCAUCUGGUGCAUACACAGUCCAACAUGAGGGUCAUGUUGCUGUUUAAACAAACUAGAGAGACACAACACAGAGAAAACUGAAAGCACUGGAAUUAAAGCCAACUGCUGUUAAUGUAUUAGUGUAAUUUUAAUUGUCAUCAUAGGAGUGUGGAUACUCUGGUAUUUAUAGUAAGAUUUUAACUACGACACGUGAAAUCAUUGUCAAAAUACAUUUUGAAGAGAUUUCCCCUUAGGAAACAAUACAGAAACUUUUUGAGUUUAUCUCACGUAAGUCACUAUAAUUACUGCUAAGUGAUAUCAAAAAUAACUGAAAUAAUAAACUUUUUUGAAGAAUUGUACUGAUUUCAAGCAUUGCACUGUUCUAUCAGGAUGUACAAAAAUAAAUCAAGUUGAUCCUAUCAUUUCAAUUCUAAAAAUGAUCAAAACUGAGUGCUUGAUGAACGAUCUAAAUAGUUUUAUCACUGUUUAUUACUCUGUACUUAAUAUUUUUGACCUUGCUAGGAUCGGCAUGUAAAAUUAGUUAGAAGUUGCUCUUCUGGAUCUCUAGCAGUACUGUGGAAUGUUUGGUAGGAUGAUGGCAUUUCCAAAGAUCUGAUCUGGGGAAGCAGGUUGAUUUUAUUUUAUUUUGAAAAUGUUCUUUUUCCAGACAUAAUGUGGGGUGAGAGAUGAUGGGUCUUGAUGUCUUUCAGGUGUGGUUCUGCCGCCCUGACACUUCACUAGAGAGACCUGUUGAAGUAGCAUUUUAUGAAUUUUUUUCUGGGGUUUUUAGGAGUGAUUGCAGGUCAUUGUGUUAUGGUGUAUGUUGAUUAAGUCUACCUUCCCAUCAAUUGCAGUGGUGCCGUCCAUGCUUUUCUCAUUCAAGUCUGCCUUUUAGGAGCAUGCCUUGGUAGAAGUAUGCUAGCAGUUGCAUCUUAGUGUGCUGGCAGAUCUUCAUCUUAGUAGGUGUUCUACAACAACUGUUCUGUACCUGUUGAUUUUGUCUGGGUGAUGUUCACUACUGCAGUGGUAAAAGGGGAAUAAAGGCUGAGUCCAGGAUCCUUGGGACAGGACUCCAGUAUGACAGGUGCUGCAGUUUUUUUAAGCCAAAUUUAAUAAUUUUCCUUUGCUCUGCAGACUCUGCUGCUCUGUUGUCUGGUGUGGUAUUCCAGCCUUCCCAAACUGCAUAUUUUUCAGGUCCUCUUCCCCGUGUACAGAUCCCAUUUUGCACACAGUUCUACAUAAGCUCUGGUCAAGUGCUGUUGCACAACCCGCUGGUAACAGCAUGAUGUUCAGAGUUUUACAGAAUGCAUAAAAACAAAUAUAAGAUAGAUAUCAAAAAGGAGUAUGAAUUCCUAUUGAACAGAAGUAAAAUAGCAAUAAUAAUUUGAUCUAAAUUUUAGUUAACAGUUCAUUGUGGCAUCUGGCUAAUGAUACUGUACAGAAUGCAUUGCAAUAAUGAAAUGUGGAAGUUCAGGAGGUGUUCAAUGCAAAAUAGUCCAAACCUAGCAGAAGCUUUCCCCUGUUUACUCAGUUGUAGACAAAAUCCUCUGUUCCCACAGUUGUGUAGGAGCUGCUAGAAGUCUGAAAACAUACUCAAAUUGUCAUAAGAAUAACAGUAUCAAGACUGUUUUGGAGCCUGUGGUGUUUUUAUUGUCUGAAGGAAUCCUCUUAUAAAGCAUCACCCAGCUGUUGUGCUAGCCAAGCUUGAUGGAAAUUAUACUGAAGAAAAUCCUCUAACACAGUUCAGCAGGGUUGAUUUGUAAUGCUACAUGGAGUAGCAGCAGCACUGAGAACUAAGAGUGCUGCUUGGAAAUGGAAAUAUUUAAAUUUUAAAUAAAUAUUAUUGUACUAUAUAUAGAACUUUGCUUCUGGUAAUGUCACUGUGCUAUUGUACUGUGACUGACUGAUCUCAAGAAAGGAGCUGAAGAUUUUUUCUGGCAAGGGAAGUUCUGACACUGCAGACCCGGCUCGAUAUGUCCUAGUACUAGCAGUGGAAGAGUAUAGGGGGAAGUGUGGGACACGUGGUCUGCCCUCACGGGACUGGUACUUGGGAUGGUCUGACAAGUAGAAGUCAGCUUUGGGUUAACUAUUCUUGAGACAUUUUGUGAAUGCUAGUAUUCGUUGGUUAAAAGUAAUUAAACGUGCAUGAGUCCUUUGUUGGAAAUGCCUCUCCAGUUGCUGUUGUUAGUGUGUUAUUGACACAACCUGAUUUUGAGUUCGGUAAUUUUGCUAGAUUUUUACCUUUCUUCCACUAGAUGGCCCCAGCAGGCUUUCAAGUGCCGAUGAGAACUGAAACUUCUACUUAAUUUCUAAAAAAAUUGCGUUGUUUUAGCUGAAGUUAAACUUCUACAUAAUGCUUUGUUCUUGUUUCAAAUACAAACACUUCAAAACACAAAGCACAGCCAAGAGGAUGUUGUUAAUAUGUCACUAGUAGAUUUGGGAAAGAAACUUUUAGAAGCUGCACGAGCAGGUCAAGAUGACGAAGUUCGCAUUUUGAUGGCAAAUGGAGCACCUUUUACCACAGAUUGGCUGGGAACAUCUCCACUUCAUCUAGCAGCACAGUAUGGGCACUACUCAACAACAGAAGUGCUGCUGCGAGCAGGUGUAAGUCGUGAUGCCAGAACCAAAGUGGACAGGACUCCAUUACAUAUGGCAGCAUCAGAAGGCCAUGCCAGCAUAGUAGAAGUCUUACUUAAGCAUGGUGCUGAUGUCAAUGCAAAGGACAUGCUCAAAAUGACUGCGCUUCACUGGGCUACUGAACAUAACCACCAAGAAGUUGUAGAACUGUUAAUAAAGUACGGAGCAGAUGUCCAUGCUCAGAGUAAAUUUUGCAAAACAGCAUUAGAUAUUGCUGUAGACAAUGGAAAUGAAGACCUUGCAGAAAUAUUACAGAUUGCAAUGCAGAACCAAAUCAAUACGAAUCCAGAGAGUCCGGACACUGUGACGAUACAUGCAGCAACACCGCAGUUCAUCAUCGGACCUGGAGGGGUGGUGAACCUAACAGAUGAAACAGGAGUGUCUGCUGUACAGUUUGGGAAUUCAUCAACAUCAGUAUUAGCCACGUUGGCAGCUUUAGCAGAAGCAUCAGCUCCACUGUCUAAUUCUUCAGAAACACCAGUUGUGGCCACAGAAGAGGUCGUGACUGCAGAAUCUGUGGAUGGUGCUAUUCAGCAAGUAGUCAGUUCUGGAGGUCAGCAAGUUAUUACUAUAGUUACAGAUGGCAUUCAGCUUGGUAAUCUGCAUUCGAUUCCAACCAGUGGAAUAGGGCAACCAAUCAUUGUGACCAUGCCAGAUGGACAGCAAGUAUUAACAGUUCCAGCAACGGACAUUGCUGAAGAAACUGUGAUAAGUGAAGAACCACCAGUGAAGAGACAGUGCAUAGAGAUUGUGGAAAAUCGUGUGGAGUCUGCAGAAAUAGAAGAAAGAGAAACUCUUCAGAAGCAGCUGGAUGAGGCAAACAGAGAAGCACAAAAAUAUCGCCAGCAGCUUCUAAAGAAAGAGCAAGAAGCAGAGGCCUAUCGGCAGAAGUUAGAGGCAAUGAACCGCCUCCAGACUAAUAAAGAAGCUGUGUAAUAAAAUAUGAACAUACUGCAAAGCCUGUUACUUUUAAAAACCUGCAGUACAAUCUUGAACUGUACCCUAUAUAGGUACAGACACAGGAUUCCAUGAUACAGAAGAUGCUACAAGUUGAUAACUGGACUUAUGCCGUGAGCUCUGGUGGAUUUCUUGUAACAUAAAAAACUCUGAAUUUAGAAAUUGUGAAAAGUAUUUAAAAUGAAAUACUGUAAAUAGUUGUUUUUUUUACAGUUUCAAAAUGAGUUGAUAAAUCUUUUUGAAGGGAUCCAGAAACACGAGAAGCCAAUGUUUUUGUGAAAUUUUUGAUUUUAGUAUUAAUCUAACUUCUGAAAAACAGAACAGUUUUAAGGGUGAUGAUGUUGAUUUAAGCUGACAACUUGAAAAUUAAUUAUGUGACAAAAUGAGUUAACAGUUAUUUCUACAUGGUAACAACUUAAAAUUCUCUGAAUAAGACAUUUCCAGGUGGAAAUCUUUGUACAGCUUUAAGUAGUUGUCUCAGAUUCUCUGAAAACCAUUUUGGUUUUUUUUUUUUUUUAUUUUAGGCAGUGAAAUUUUUAUAUUUAAUUUCAGAUAUAUCCAAGUAGAUUUACAUGUAUAUGAAGCUAAUAUUUUUUAAACUUUUCAGUUUGUACAUACGCUGCAUGUUUUUAUAAUUUCUACACAUACAUCUUGCAUAGCUAUUUUUCAGCAAAGAUGAGAAUAAUUAUGAGAAAAAUGUUUAGCUUAUAGGUAAUUUGAAGUAAGCUAGCAGCCAGUUUUAUUGUGGAUGGUAUAUUUCUUGGAAGAAUGUAAUUUGUAAUUAAAAAGAACAAAAAAACCCAUCUCAAUUUACAUAUUAGAGGCAAUUCAAAAUUUGGUAGUGGAGGCAUUGAAACUUCACUUUAUGUGUCUUACACUUUUCCUGUACAAACAUUUUAAAGUUCAGAAAAGAAAAGAAUGUCUCCACUGGAACACAAAUAGUAGUUCUCUUAGAAUAUUCCUAUUGAUCUUUUUUUCCCAAUAGCCUUGAAAUAAUUUAAAUGAUAUGUUUUUUUUCUAAACAGACCUUUGCAUUUUAAUUAUGCAAUUGGACAAGUAAUUUUUUAUGUUGUAGUGAUGCUCUUCUUACCUAGCAUCAUUGUUCUUCACUGUGAUACUGUGUUUGUGUGUGUCUGUGCAGUGAUCUAUUAUGCUUAGAAUUUAUAUAGCACGUUACAUCUUCAGAGCUUUGUAAAAUCUUUUUAAAGAGCCCUUACUGUACUGCCUGAGGCAGGUGAGUGUUAUUGUCUCAAUUUUAUAGCUGAUAUAAGUGCAACACAAGGAGUGUUAAAUGACUAGCCCAAGACCACGUGAAGCUGUGGUAAACCUGGGAGUAGAUCUCAGGAGAGCUGGCUUCUAGUCCUGUGCUUAGACUGAGCUGCCUUAAGAUUGUUCAGUGCUGUGUUACAUUAAGUUUUGAACUACUGUGCAGGUUCCUUUUUCCUAAGAUAAAACUCUUUGUGCUUUGCUUUGUUGUUCCAUGUUUCACUGCUUUUAUGGAAUUGUUUAUAUAAACUUAAGCAAAAAGUCUAGUUUACCUAUUACUGUACACCGAAGAAUUACCCUUAAAACUGUACUCUGGCCUACUUUUUCUAUUUUACAAUUAAAUAUCUUUUCCACAUAUA